AUCUCCACAUUGCCAAGUGGAUCAGAUAGUGACCUUUACUUAGUGCUGUGCAAAUACCACACAAGUCUCAAACUCAAACUCAAACUCAAGAACUAAACCAUCCGAUUUUUCUUCUUUCCAUCAUCUUUGUUUUGAAGCAGAUUCAUUGCUCUCAUUUCGCAUGAUCUGUUGUUAGUAAAUCAAGCUACCUCAAAUAUGGAAAUGGAAGUUAUGGACAGCAAGUUCUUCAAUGUGGGGCUCCUUGUUGUGGCAACCCUUGUAGCUGCCAAGUUGAUAUCAGUCCUCAUAAUGCCGAGAUCUGGAAAACGCCUUCCUCCGGUGAUAAAGGCCUUUCCUCCUGUUAUUGGUGGCCUCCUUCGCUUCCUCAAGGGCCCCAUUAUUAUGCUUAAGGAGGAGUACCCAAAACUUGGAAAUGUGUUCACCUUGAAUUUGGUCAAUAAGAAUAUUACCUUCUUAAUUGGUCCUGAGGUGUCUGCUCAUUUCUUCAAGGCACCUGAGACUGAUCUCAGUCAGCAGGAGGUCUAUCGCUUUAAUGUCCCUACUUUUGGACCUGGUGUUGUCUUUGAUGUAGACUAUUCAGUUCGCCAGGAGCAGUUCCGCUUCUUCACUGAGGCUCUUCGAGCCAAUAAACUCAAGAGUUAUGUUGACCAGAUGGUUAUGGAAGCUCAGGACUACUUUUCCAAGUGGGGAGAUUCUGGGGAGGUAGAUUUGAAAUAUGAGCUAGAGCAUCUUAUUAUUUUGACUGCCAGUCGAUGUCUCCUGGGUCGGGAAGUCCGUGACAAGCUCUUUGACGAUGUGUCCGCCCUAUUUCACGAUCUUGAUAAUGGAAUGCUACCAAUCAGUGUUAUUUUCCCUUAUCUACCCAUCCCAGCUCAUCGUCGCCGUGAUAGAGCCCGUAAGAAGCUCUCAGAGAUUUUUUCAAGGAUCAUAUGUUCCCGUAAAUCCUCCGGCAAUUGUGAGAACGAUAUGUUGCAGUGCUUUAUUGACUCAAAGUACAAAGAUGGUCGGGGAACAACCGAGGGAGAGGUCACAGGUCUACUGAUUGCUGCGCUAUUUGCUGGUCAACAUACCAGCUCUAUUACAUCUACAUGGACUGGAGCUUAUCUUCUUCGUUUUAAGGAAUAUUUUUCAGCUGUGGUUGAAGAGCAGAGAACUGUGAUGAAGAAACAUGGAGAGAAUGUAGACCAUGAUGUUUUAGCAGAGAUGGAAGUGUUGCAUAGGUGCAUCAAGGAAGCGCUUAGACUCCAUCCUCCGUUGAUUAUGUUGUUGCGCCAAUCUCACGGUGACUUUAGUGUGACUACACGAGACGGUAAAGAAUACGACAUCCCAAAGGGUCAUAUUGUUGCCACUUCACCAGCAUUUGCCAAUCGUCUCCCGCAUAUAUACAAGGAUCCAGACAGUUAUGAUCCUGAUCGUUUUGCACCUGGAAGGGAUGAAGAUAAGAUAGCAGGGCAAUUCUCAUACAUCUCCUUUGGAGGGGGAAGGCAUGGAUGCCUUGGAGAGCCAUUUGCUUAUUUGCAAAUAAAGGCAAUAUGGAGCCACCUGUUGAGGAAUUUUGAGUUUGAGCUAAUUUCUCCAUUCCCCGAGAUCGACUGGAAUGCCAUGGUGGUAGGCGUUAAGGGGAAGGUGAUGGUGAGAUACAAGCGAAGAAAGCUUCUUGUUGACUGAUUGUGAUGAAGGGUCUGAUUUCAUGCAAAAUCUGGGUUUUGUUAGUUGUCUAUUUGGUGAAACAUCCUUUUGUCUUAUUGCAUCAGUCUUCUGCCAUUAAGGCCUGCUUGAUGUUUUGAAAGAGUUAGCAUUUGGUUGUAGAGCUGCACCAUUUUUUUCUGUUUUUGUUUUUGUGUUUGUUAUGCUUAGGAUCUUAUGAUCUUACUAUCUUAGUAUCUUGCAGAUGUAGACUCUUUUGGUUUUGCCAUCUCUUAAAUACUGAAUUUGACCGGUCAUGAUCAAUGGUGAAUAUAGUGAACGAUGUUGUUCUUUGAAUGCCA